AUUGACUAGAAAACGUGGCGGGAUUUUACUGGUAGAAAUCCUGGACUUUCUUUUAAAUUUAUGCACUUGGAUAUAAUCUGUUAUCCAAGUAGGUGCCACGUGGUACUGGUCCCUACGAAAACAAAAGCUUGAAGUAGACCAGUUAGUUUCCUUCUAACUUCACUUUGUCCUCAAUACUUUUUUUUCUCGCUUCCCAAACGCUGAAAACCCCCUCUUUUUAAUUUUAAGUUUCUCUUUUUUUUUUGUUUUAAUCCUCCCAUUAAAUUCCGAGAAAGCAAUGGAAACCAAAGCCCCGGUGAAACAUAAUCAAAAUCUCAACGGCAUCAUGAAACGAUCCUCUUCUUCGAACUCAAACUCGCUGACUCACCAGGACUCGCCCCACUCACCUCUCCGAUUCCACUCCCCUCUCCGAUCCGACCAGGGUGACCCCGACCCGCACGAGCCAGAUAAUACCUCUCCUCCCUAUGCUUCCCCGGCAGCUUCCCCCGGUCAACUCUACUUUGACAACUCCAAGGCACUCGUUGUGGUCGACAAGCCCGCCCAGUUCAACGCCAAUGCUUCUCCUUUUCUUUCGCCGCCGCCUCCGCCGACUACUCCACCGCAACAGUGGUCGCAUUUGACAGUGAACCGUGCGGUGAGGGAGGAGGGGCAGCGGGUGACGACGAGGACGAAGGUAAGUGGUGAUGGAGGAGGAGGAGCGAUGGCAGUGGCGGCGGAACAGAGAAGAUCGAAGGUGCAGGAGAAGGUGAAGAUGGCAGCUUUAGGGUUUCGAUUAAGCGAAAUCGUUUUAUGCUUGAUUUCUUUCUCUGUUAUGGCCGCUGAUAAAACUCAAGGCUGGAGCGGUGAUUCUUACAAUCGCUACAAAGAAUACAGGUAUUGUUUAUCAGUAAAUGUGAUUGGAUUUGUAUAUGCUGGGUUUCAAGCCUAUGAUCUAGCUUACUAUCUCAUUACCGAAAAACGUGUCAUUCACCAUUACCUGCGUCAGCCUUUCGAUUUCUUCAUGGAUCAGAUACUAGCCUAUCUUUUGAUUUCAGCAUCAUCCGCAGCAGCCACCCGAGUUGAUGAUUGGCAAUCAAAUUGGGGCAAGGAUGAGUUCACUGAGAUGGCUAGUGCCUCAGUUGCAAUGGCCUUCUUGGCUUUUAUUGCUUUUGCAUUUAGCUCGCUCAUAUCUGGUUACGAACUUUGUACCCAUGAAUCUUCAUGAUCUCUCUGAGUCAGUUAUAGGUGGUAUUAAAAUUACAAGACAAUAGGAUAAUUAAAACAACUUGAGAUGCAAAUUUGAUUUUUAUUAUUGGACAGAGAAAAACGUAUUAUAGCAUGUUUUUCUUACGAUUUUUUUUCCCUUUAAAAGAUUACAAUGUAAACGUUCUGAUUUGGAAUUUCUUAUGGUAUGUACUAUUUUAUUGUGUCUAACAGGCCUUAUCUGCCCUGCACUUCUACUCUCAGUGAAAUAACUUAUGUUGAAAAUUGAGAUCAAGGCCGAUUUUUUGGUGGAUGCAGGUCUAACAUCUAAUCAUUGUAUCAGUUUUUUUGGUUAUCAAAUUUUUUAUUUUCACGCUACAAUCCAAGCAAGGGGAAACAACUGUACCAGCUGACUGGAACUGUACUUCUCUGGUGUUCGAAUGGUUGAGCUCGGCCAUUUCCUAUUUCUUUAACAUUAAUAGCGUACAAGAGAAAAAAAAAAGUAUAAUGAUAGAAAGAGAGAAACGAGAUACAUUCUAGGUAAAAGAUGGAAU